GCGGCUGCCGAGCACCCUCUCAGAGCGAGCGUGGACGUCCGUCGAGGCACACCUGCUCCGGUGCUUCCGUACUCCGGAUUCUUGGCGUCUCUCCCUUCGCGUGCCUGUGCCAUCGCGCCACCGCGAACCGUCGGGUCGUGGGAGUUGGAUUUCGCGCGAGUUCGCGAGCGCCAGUGUCGCUUUUCCCGCUCUCCGCCUCCGUCCCCUCUUCCCUUCCCCCCUUCGAGUUCGCGCGCCGCUAGUUCAUCUCUCCUCUCCGCAGCUUGACGAUCGACGACGGUAGGCAGCAGCAUCCGCGACUGCUCCGCGACUUGGAGAUCGGAUCGCGCCGUCUCGAACGAGAAGAGAGAGAGAGAGAGAGAGAGGGAGAGGAAUACGUCGUUGAAAAAGCGGAAACGAAGGAGGUAAAGGCUGUCGCGCCGCGACUGUCGCGAUAACACUCGCCGCGGGAAUCGGGACACCUCGAUCGAAUCUCGAUUCUCGGCGUGACAGUGCAGUGUGAAAACAGUGGCGUUGUUGUUGUUGUUGUUUUUGUUGUUUCGCGUUCGGAAAACGACACGGCGACGUGCGUUACACGGCGUGAUCGGGCGGGCACGUGAGAGUCGUGGCUCGCGGGCAUCCGAGAUCCGAGUGCGUGAGCGUGCGGGGAGCAGCACCACCUCGUCCGUUGCUAGCAGCAGUCGCGGAAUGUAAAUACGCGCGCGCGCGCGCGCGCUCGCCCGCAACCCACCGCGGUCGGAGUUAUUGUCGGAUUACUUGCUCGAUGGAAUUCGGGAAUCGAGUUUCGCAGUGGUGAUUUCGGAGUGCCAGCCAACGCUUUUGGCGCCGUUCAACGACAGCUUCCUGGACGUCCUGACUUUAUCCGCCCGCUUCAUACAACGGCAACUUCACACCGGAGACGCCUUCGGGACUCCUUCGCUCAAGAGGUAUCGGAAGAAUAUUGCAUCUCCAAUCAUAAAAGGCGCAUCAUAUCCAAAUUUACGCUCGAUCCUUCUGGCGCUCGACACAUCGAUCUGAUUCGGUGUCCAAUCCUCGUACGAAGAUAGUUCAGUACCUGGCGUUGCCACUGCCAAAGAUGCUACAUCUUCAAGUUGGUUAUAGCGGAGAAGCGUACUCGAGACUUUAGAAGACUCGACAGAAAUCUGGACAAAAUGUCGAUGACUGGGAGUUUAAUGGGAUACGAAAACAAUAACGAUGUGAACCAGGCCAAAUGUAAAAAGCCGUUGAAGCCGCUGCCAGUUGUGUCGAGCAUAAGCUCGGGUGGGGUUACCACGAGCACGGGCAAGUCGAAGAGGGUACGAAGAUCUACGAGGAAAGAAUCAUGUAUACGCGGUCAUGUGAACAGCCUCUGGUCCGUUUGGUACGGCAUCCUGGCUGUCGCUUUUCAAGCGUACAUAGCAAUGAGAUACGCCAGACGAUUCGCCGCUUACCUAUCAUUACCAUGGCCAGCGGACGCACCACCUCCUAAAAUCGAAUUGUACGCCUGCUUGGUGCUAGCUGGCACCGGGGUCGUUCUACUGCCGGUGCUACUUGGUGCGGCAUUCUUAAAGCUCGGCAAUCUCGCGAACGACGGAAUAAAACUAGGCCGACAUUUGAGCGCUUGUUCGCGCGACCCACCAUCCUCGCUUCUCACUAAUAAUCCCGAUAACAGUCUGGUGAAUAAUUUAUGGAGACAUGGUGGCCCUACGGCAGCCUUCGUGCAUCUCUGCACGGCCAUGUGCUUCCUCCUACCCUCUCUGCUCAUGGAAGCGAGGCUAAUACACGCUGGAUUUCUGCCAAAAGAUGCUAUAUGGCGAACCGAUCUAGAUUGGAUGGUGAUACAUCGCGAUCGCUUGGUACUGCUAAGCUUCAUGAACCCAAUCGGGAACUUGAGUACCAUGACUGGUUCAGUAACUCCUCAACCUUUCGUAACCCUGGAGGAAGGCAUUAACGAGAACGUCGAUGAACUUACCACCUCGAUGCCUAGUUUAACAAACAUGGCGCUUUCUGUCGAAACCAGUAUCGAAGCAACCACUAGGUUUUCGACCAUUCUCCAUCCGAUCGUCACAGAUUCAUCUUUAUCCCACACUACUUCGAUCUCUAGUACGAUUCCCGGCAAGUCUACGACGAACACCGAAGCAAUUUCAACAACUUCGAAAACGACAUUGCUCUCGAAAAAUAACACCGUGAGACGUCCAACCACGAGACCUAUUAUCAGGAACUACAGUUCAAAGGGCAGAUCGAAGGCGAAAAAUCUCACGAGGAUAUCCACCACGGCGAAACCUGUCAGAGCUGUUGGUGGAAACAUGACGGCCCAGAGUAUGUCGUUAACAAUGAAUAGUUUAGCUGAUCUUGAUCAUCCCGAAAACAUGAAUCUAGAACUUCAAACAGCCGAGUCAUACGGUCCGACUACGCUGGAAUAUCUAAAUUACGCUGCCGCGCUUGGGGUUUACUCGGUAAGAUAUCCCGCCGUCUUCUGGUCGUGCAACAAAGCAUUGGGUACGAUUUUCAGUCUGCAGCUGGUCGUAAAUUCAGCGCAGAGUCUACUGGCUUACGCUGGAAUGUCCGUCCUUUACAAGGUCCAGGUAGUGGGUGCUUUGAAGGUCCUGCCGCAUCUUCGGCAUCGCACCGUGCCAACAACCAGUACAAUUUCGACAAUAUUUGGCGACUCCUACUUUCUACUAGAUCCUCCCGUAACUCUUGUACUUUUCGCUCUGUUGUCCUUUCUAGUGCUCUGCUCCAGCAUGGUUAUGUACUUCUAUGCUCAUGGCAGGUUCACGGCGUUCUUGAAUCAGGAGCGUGAACGUCGCGUGAUCCUGUUGAAGGAUGGCCGUGAAGGCAACAGUUGGGUCUAUCUGCCGCAUUGCGCUUCGUUCGUCGUCUUCCUGGCGAUCGUGAUAUGUGGUGCGCCGUUGCUCUACGACUUCACGGUGGUGUAUCGCGGUAGCCUGGAUGGCGCCAUCCUCGCCUGCAUCAUCGGCAUGAUCCUGCAUCUUUUCCUCUGGCUGCUGCUCUGGAUAUUCCUUACCAUCAAGCAACGAUGGACAUUCAAACUGCGCGUGACCAUCGGACGGGCCGCUGUGAGAUCCGCGAGGUCGGUCAAACUCGUGACCGACGUCGACUUGCUCUCGGCGAGGGACGACGAUGACAGCAUCAACGCACCUUUGCUCGUCGUCGGUAACGGCAGGACUUACACCAUCGCCGACACUUCGCCAAAGAGGGCCAUCAUGAGCGUAAUACAGAAGGCCGCUAUGGAGAGAAAAGCCCGAUCACAAGGUGGAAACGUCGAUGGAGUCGACGGCGAAUCGACGGCUGACGGUGAUGAACAGAUCUACUGGCUUAGGCCGAAAUUACGUCCCUCGCCUACACAAUCCCCGAGCGACACCGGCAGUGCACCGACGUCCGACAAGGGUUGGCUGAACAAGAAGCUCAAGCAUAAGGUCACCUUUAACGACCUGCCUAGUACGUCAGGCUCGCGUAAUAAGGGAAAAGCCAGACGAGGCGUCGCUGACGGUGGGCCUGACGAUGACGGAGAUUACGCCACGUUACGCGAAUUACCGUUAAUCACUUCCAUGGACCUCGCCGAUGAUUCUACCUCCGAAGAAAAUAAGUGGCAAAGAUGGCCGAUAAGUCAUAGGGACGGUAUACCUAAAUUCAGGAAUUUGCUCGAGUGCGUGAACGACGAUCAAGUGACUUACUACGCGAGUGCGAGUCGCGACCUACAACCGUCGGAAGGUGAUCCUUCGCCUCUUCUGACUCCCGAUCCCCUACCCGAUCCCGCGGAAGAACCGCUUCCACUGCCACCUCCGACUCCAACAUCCGCACCAACCAUUGAUAUUGUCACGGCGCCACUAACUACAAGUGCCCAGAUGAACGGCGGACAGACACCGCGGUGCCUACGCCGUGCGGAUUCGGGAAUGCCGCACGAUGAGCUGACACCACGCUCGGACUCUUCGAACUCGCCGCCUUUGGACGCGGUGGGCAGCGGUGGCGGUGCUGGUUCAGUGACCGGUCACAGCAACACCAGCAGCAACAGCGAGACGUCGAGCGGCGUGCACAGUAACGCGAGCAAUGGCAGUAACACCAGCCAUAGUAGCUCCCAGCGUCGGGCGACCAGCGUAGACGACCUGACUGGAGAAGCACGCGAAGAACCGCGUGAGCAGUGGCGCAGCUGCUCCCUGCAACGUGGCACGCAGCCACCCACAGCGAACAUGACCUUCUCGCCGCCCAACAGUCGUCCCGGCACCAGUCAAUCCUUUUCCUCGCCACAAUACGUGAACCACGUGCCGCCAUAUAGCAACGCCAGUAAUGAGAUCGGCACCGGCUGUCCAGCGGUUAUCUUGGAGAACCCGAGCGAGGCGACGGUUGUGAUCCGCCGCAAGCUUUCGAGAACGAAAGCCACAGAUCCGUUGAACCCGAACGAGGAACCAUUCGGCCGAUCUACCAACAUGAGGAUGACCUCCUUCACCGAGAGCAACGACAUCCGUAUUCAGGCCUCUUCGGCGACACUGCCGCAUUAUCCCACGCAGCCUAUCGUCACCUAUCCUCACUGCUCCACUAUGCCGCUGCCGCACGCUUCUCACAGUGUAGCCGCAGCGAACAUGAGCGGCGGCUCUACCGGCAGCUGCGGAUCUGUGCCGAGACACACCUUUGUGCCGCAAGUUCAGACAACCAUGCCGGCGCACACGACGCUCCCGUCACAUCAUAACGGUGUCAGGUUGCUCCACGCUAAUGCUGUUGGUCCUAGCAAUCCCUUUGUCAAAAGAUUCCCACCGGUGCAGCUGCAUACUCAACCUUGGGCCUUACAAGGCCAUCACACCUUCCCACAGAUGCCGCAAAGCAACAACAAGCUGACGGUUACCGCGCAGAUUAGACAGAGUGAUAGGGAUUCCGCAAACUUCUCCAUGGCUAGCAGCGGGGACUCCGACACGUGUUUGCCACAUUAAAACUCCUACGAGAAGUAGUGCUGGUAGUUAUAAAUUCGAAUUACGUUAGGUGAUACCUGGUAUUUUCGUAAUAACAUUUUCGUAAUGACAAAUGACAUCGGAGGGAAUUGCUCUUUCCUGGUAUACCGAUGUCGUGAUCUCCUCUAUAAAUGUUUACUUCGAUGAAUGUGAGUGAUAAAAACGUAAUAGGUAAAGAGGGAGAGAGAGAGAGAGAGAGAGAGAGAGAGAGAGAGAGAGAGAGAGAGAGAGAGAGAGAGAGAAGGGUAAGAAAGGGUAAGAGAGAAGCUUUUCGCGCGAAUUUGAGACGAGCUGCGAAUAUCUUGCUUUGAAAUCGAUAAAUCUCUAGAAUUCACUCUAAAUUAUAAUACGUAUUUAGUACGUAGCUACAUUAAUUCAGUACGGAUUAUCAAGGCGGAGACUUUUACAGAUUUUAUAUCGUACGCUCAAAAACGCCGAAAUUUUAAAGAAAAUCAGAUUAAGAUUAAAACGACAUAUCAAUUUCUCUGCUGUUUAUUAACGUAAUAAAUGUGUAGCAUGUAAAAUACGGAUUACCUCUAUUUUUUUACAAUCUGAUCACGAUAUGUCGAUCAGAUUUUACCCGAUUAUUUAUGUAAGUAUAUGUCUAUGAUACUAACAUAGAUUUUAUUGCAUAAAUCGUGUACAAAUGAGCAAAAUUCUAUUCAUUUGAAUGAGCGUCUACAUAAACACGUAAGAAAAAAGACAAAUCGACUAUAGAUUAUAUUAUAUCUCACAGAAAUAGGUUAUGGCGGUAAUUAAUAAAUUGUAGUUAGAAGGCAUCAGUUCCGUUACAUACAUAUCCUAUACGUUGUGAUUACAUAUGUCCGAUUUUAUCUUUAAUCUCACAGCAAUAAAGGGAGAUAUCUGAAACGGAUAGUGAUAUAAACAGUAAAACAAUAGAUGACUCGGUUAAAGAGUCUUUAUUCUGAUUAAUGCGAAAUAGUUCUAAAUUACGCAACAAUAAAGUUAUUCCAAAAUACAAGCAAUGCACAUAUAUCACAGUUUAAAGAAAAGAAAAACAUUACAAUUAAAAAUACGUGUGUAAGUAAUAAUAGAUCUCUGUUCUCUCUCUCUCUCUCUUUCUCUCUCGAGUUUGCGCAAACAUCUUUCAGUACGUGUCGACGCAUGCUUAUAUCAUCUUUCUCAUUUUCUUAUAUUAUAGAGCAGAGAUAUUCAAAGGCAAAUCGAAUAUGUGAAUGUGAAGAAAAUCAGCACUUCGUUGCAUUUAAUGCCGCAAGGAGACGGCAAACGAGAGUGAGAAUAACAUAGUUAUCCCGUUUUAGGUAUGGAAAAAAGUUAUUAUGUUGUCCUAAAUAAAAUUCGUGUAUAGAAUGAAUUAAGGAUAAUCAAUUAAGAAAAGAGGAAUGUGGAAAAACUCGGGUUGUUUCUUCCCCUCCGUAUAGUGUACGCUUUUGCAUUAAUAAUUAAGAUCAUUUUUCCACCGAUAACUGUAAAUUUUGUUAAACAACAUAAUUUGUACAUUGCUAAUUGUUUAUUUAUAUUGCGACUCCGCGAUGAGUUACUCAUAAGUAAUAAGACGAAAAAGAAGAAAAGUAUUCCCACAUCGGAAUGCAUGUUCAAAGUGUUCAAACUACGCGCAAUACGUUUCUUCUUCUGUUUGCUUUUGGACUUUCUUCUUUUCUUUCUUUGUUUUUUUUUUAAAUAGAUUUAUCAAGAAAGCUUUUUCGAAAACUUCUAUGAAUUUUAUGUUUGAAUAAUUAGGAAUUAUACAUGCGAGAUGAAUUCGCAGGCGAUUUUGAUAUGAGUCACUGUAAAAUACACAAGCGCAGAUUGUAGUCAUAAGAUUUUCGGCCUUGAUAAGAUUUCCGGUAUACAAAUAUACCGUUACGUUUAAUCUUUUUAUGGCCUGAUAUACCAUGAUUUACCACUUUGAUUGUAAUCGUGCGUAAGAUUUGAGAGAUAUAGCAGUGCCAUCGAAAUUAAUAUAAGCACAUAUAAUCAGAAGAAGAAUGAGAAAGGGACUGUUUCAUUACUUGUGGAAUUAAAACUCAUAAAUAAGUGCUGAAGAUAAAGAUAAAGAUUUAGACCGCGAAGAUAAGACGUGCUAUUUAUUUAUUUGCGAAUGUGUAGUUUCAGCACACCUUUAUAGUCUACUAUUCUAUCAUUUAUUAAUACUACACAAAAUACGCGCAAAAUGCAUAUAUACGCGAAAUCUUAUAUAUUUUAUUUUAUAUUGCUUCUCUCCGGGAGAAAAACAUAAAAUAACAUUUUUGCCUGCUUUUUAUUUACAUUAUUUAUAACAAUACAACGAGUGUAUUUAUAUUUAAUGAUUGCAAUAUAUAUUCAAAUGAGUCAUAUUGGUGUAAGAAGAGAAAGAGUCACCUAUGAUAAGUGGAUUAAGAACCGAUUACUGCCACUCAAUUAUAAAAAAGAGAAGAUCUCUAUUAUAUUUACUUA